AGCCCAAACGAAUCUCACAAUAAACGCGUCAACGAAGGCGGCUUCUUUCGUCUCUGUCUUCUGCUUCAGCUUUUCUCAUUUCGCUUGCUUUUCGUGUCGCCGGUAAGGCAAUUCGAUACCUCUGAACCCUAACGAGACGCAGCCAACGUUUAGGGUUUCGAUCAUCCAUUCAUUCUUCCUUGUUUCCUUUGCCUGAUUGCUUCCGUGUGGUUUCAUUUCGCUCUUUCGUUUCAAUUCUGUUGAUUCUAUCGAGGAAGCGCUUGAGAAAAUUAUAAAUGAUUUUUGUCGUGUGCUUUUCUCUUGAUUAGGGUUUGUAAAUCUUUAAAAAAAAUUGAAUUAUCCGUUCUGCUAUUUUUGGGAGGGUUAGGGUUUCGAAAUUUGGGGAUUGUUGAGGAUUUCGGUUUGAAAUACAUUUUUCUUGGAUUCUUAAUUGCUUAUUGAGAGGAAUUGUGCUUGUGCUUGUCAAUCAAUGGCGGCAGGGCGAAAAAGUGUUCCGCUGAAAGGUGACUUUUUCAAAUACAGUUCCACGAAGGGGUCUGAUCACUAUAAGAAUGGCUCUUUCGGCGUUGAAGUCGGUGGAUCUCGCAGCCAUCACUUUGCUCGUUCCGAUGAGCCUCGUGGUCGGAAAGAGGAGAGAGAGCAAGGUGAGAUCUGUGUUGAAGAUGACGAAUAUGAGGUUGCCUAUGGUUUGCCACCGCCACAGAAGAAAAGGAAGUUUUCUCCAAUCGUAUGGGACCUAGCAGAGAAGGAAGAAAGAAUUUCGUCCGAGAGUAGGAUCUCGGAGACUGUUGCUCUGUCUCCUCUUCCCUCUGUACUGAGCAGUCCUGGAGCCAACCUUGUUGAUUCAGAUGAUCUUAUGGCGGAAUCUUUGCGAGAUUCUCGAAGCUAUGGACAAGAUGUGGAGGAAGAGAAGGAUGUUCAAGAAUGGACUAUCAGAAAGUCAAGAUGGGCUAGUGAUGAUGGUCCCUCACCCAGGGCUGCUGAUGAUAAAUUCAAUCAUGGCAAAGGCAGCUCCAGUCCUGAAAUUGGUGAAUUCCAUCGCAGUGAAUCUUCAGAAAGCACUGUCACUAGAUCGUCAGGAAGCACGGGAAGAGAUCAUUAUCUUGGACUUUCUACUGAUGACGCCGAUUCUGAAAGGGAUUUCCACAUAGAUCCCAUGGACGAUGUUGAGGAACCAAGUGACGUUGGUGAUUGUCCAUCGGAUUCUGAAGAGAGUGAUGGAUUGAUGCAAGUGCACAGAAAUAUAAAUAUGCUUCACAGUUGCAGAAGUGUGUGCGAGUUUGAGAUGAUUAAGAAAAUAAAUGAAGGAACUUAUGGUGUUGUCUAUAAAGCUAGGGAUAAGAAAACUGGAGAAUUAGUCGCAUUGAAGAAGGUGAAGAUGAAUAUAGAGAGGGAUGGCUUUCCGAUGUCAUCCUUGAGGGAAAUAAACAUUCUCUUGUCUUUUAACCACCCUUCCAUUGUGAAUGUUAAAGAAGUAGUUGUAGAUGACUUUGACGGUACUUUUAUGGUAAUGGAAUUCAUGGAGCAUGACCUCAAGGGAAUGAUGGAGGUUAAGAAACAGCCUUUUACCAUUAGCGAAAUUAAAUCCUUGGUAAAGCAACUUCUUGAAGGUGUCAAGUAUCUCCAUGAUAACUGGGUUAUCCAUAGGGACUUGAAGUCAUCAAACAUUCUGCUGAACCAUGACGGGGAGCUUAAAAUAUGCGAUUUUGGGUUGUCAAGGCAGUAUGGAAGCCCUCUGAAGCCAUAUACUCCUGUUGUGGUGACACUAUGGUACAGGGCACCUGAACUUUUGUUGGGUGCUAAAGAAUAUUCAACAGCAAUUGACAUGUGGUCAGUGGGUUGCAUAAUGGCUGAAUUAUUUUCCAAGGAGCCUCUAUUCAGGGGUAAAAGUGAACUUGAACAACUUGAUCAGAUUUUUCGAACCCUGGGUACGCCUGAUGAGAAAAUUUGGCCUGGUUUAUCCAAAUUACCUGGGGCUAAAGCAAAAUUUGCCAAGCAACCGUUUAAUAGGUUAAGGAAGAAGUUUCCAGCUGCAUCAUUUACCGGUUUGCCAGUUUUAUCUGAGCUAGGAUUUGACUUGUUGAAGAAGCUUUUAACUUAUGACCCGGAAGAGAGGAUAACUGCUGAAGAUGCUCUCCUUCAUGAUUGGUUCUAUGAAGGCCCUCCUCCCAAAUCUGAUUUCAAUCCUAUUUUUCCUUCCUGGAGGUGCUAGGACAGGUACUCUUGCUGGAUGUAUGAAAUACCAAGAACAAUGCUAUUUUUACUGCCAUUGUUUCCAACUUUUUCCUUCCCAGUUAAUGAUCAUAUACAAAGAAUGAUAUAUUGCAAGUGACAGCGUGAUGGACUUGACUAGGCAAUUGUUUGCUUUAUAAAUUACAUGCGGCGGAUUAAUGUAUAUACCUGAGAAGGUAUGACUAGCACUUGAUUUUCUUUCCCUUGUGAAACUCAAUGUAUCUCUCUUGCUGGUGAAAAUGAUGUAUAUAAUAUUUCAGGACAACUAGUAAUUAAUGAUGAAUUUUUGCUCUGGUAUGUUCUUAUCCUGUACCAGCUAUUUCCGUUUUUGUUUUCUUUUCAUUAAGUUUGUUCUAUCCUUUUGGCUACCCCAUUUAAGGUUUGUUUGAAACAGUUGCGAAAUUAAAUUUUUUCAAUAUCUCGAUUAUUGUCAAAUUAUAUUUAGAAUCUGUUUUUCUUCUUUUUGAAGUUUAUCUAAAUGUGAUUACAAGAUAAAUAAAUUCGUUUAAAUAUAUACAAAAUAAUGAAUGAGAAAUAAACAAUAGCUAAAAAUUUUCAAUUUUAGGAAAAAAAUAGACCAUUUUACAAAUAUUCAGUUAUUGCCAAACAUCUUUCUUUUUCUAGAAAAAAAAACAGUUGAAUUGAUUUCAGCUGUUUUAAAAUUGCUGCACUAAAUCGGGUCUAAGGAGUUUUGUUCUUCUGUUUUUUCUUCUACUAAUUUUACACCAGGAAAUGCUUCAAAAAACAUUGGCUGCAUUCAUGCGCCAAGCAUUUGUAGGUGUUGGAUAUGUAGAAAAAUAAUCAAUAAUCAAUUCCCAGGGAUAUUCGUGGUCAACAGGUAAACAUGUUCAAUUUGAAAGUCGAUCCCUGAAAUAAAAUGAUGAUAGUGUGUGCUUGUUUUCUGGGGAGUGGUUCCCAUCUUCCAUGUUCUUGCCCAUUUUUCUGCAGUAGGGUUUACAUAUCCAUAAUCGGAAUGCGGUUUUUAAAUUUGAUAAUACACGGGAAUGAGUUUAGGCGGCCGUGAUUGCAUUCUGGAAAAGGGGGUCACAAGGAAGCCGUGAGAUACGUUGAAGAUUGUGGAGCUCUGCAAGGUAGGUAGGUAGGUGAUAUUUGUGCUUCCCCGGCUCUGCUUUUGGUGGGUCGUAUAUGGUAAUUUGAUGAAAACUCAAUUAAAGGUAACAUUCUUUUAUUAAUUUAUUAUAGAGAAUUAAAGUUUCCUUGAAAUGAAGAGUUUUGAUUUACUUUGUUUGUCUCGAAUAAGACACGUUCUUUAUUUGACUAGUGUAUAAUAUCAGAUAUUACAUCCAAGUGUUAACUGACCUUGCAAUCGCUGAACACUGUUCUUACGGUGCUGAUAUUCACUCAAUCUUUUCUCUGGAUUUUCAGUUCAAGGUGCAAAGGUUUUGGUUGGUAUGAAAAAAUUGAGGAUGAUGAAGAUGUAAUUAAAUAUUUUGGUUGGAAAGAGAAUGGGAAAAGUAAUUUUGAAAUUAAUGGUUUUACCCCUUCUUUCUUUUCAUAUUUGAUUAUAUUUUUCAGCCUAACAUUUACCUAUUUUAUUACACUUCAUUUGUUUUUGUUUUAUAAUUUAUUUCUCAUUUUAUAUCCUGGUGAGUUUAAUUUUCGUUUGCUGAUUUUUUGGUGUUGUUUUUCUCUGUCGGGGUUGUCAUUGAAAUGUUUGAAUUGACUGUGUUAGUUUAAUGUCAUGCUUCAAUAUAAGUUUAGCUCUUGAGCUUGUUAAACGUCUAUUUUUCUGCAAAAUUAUUGUAAAUAUAGUGACAGGUAACUAAAAUCGAUGUUUCUCUAUAAAGUAAAGAUUAGUGAUAGGUUUUAAAAAUAACAGGAAUUGAAAUGUUAUAAUGUUAUUUUGACGGUUAAUUUGAGAUUGUUAGUAUUUGGGAAAUACCAAAAUAGAGAGCCACGAUUCAACUUCCUAUCAAAUACAGUAUCAAC